AAUUCGGGAUACCGAGACGUGAUCAUGACUUGUGAAUAGCGAGCAAGACCAACGGCAUUUCGCGCCAUUGUGAGAUAUCCAUAGAGAAAGGUGUAGCGCCAGCCAUUCUAAUCUCCGAAGGGGUCUUUUGAGUAUUUCAUAGCUCGGCUCUUUUUGAAGGUCGUUCCUUCCCCAGGUUUUGUUCCUGCCUGACGUUCUGUGCCCCUGAAAAUCGCUUGUGCUGAUGAGAGAAAAAUGUGGGGCGAUCUCCAUCCGAGUCAACAAACGACCACCCCUGAAACCUUAAUUGAACGACAGCCCAAUUGACUAAUCCUGGUGCUGUUUGAAGAAUUACCUGCCAAUUCUCAUCUUCAACAUACCAAUGGGUACGGAUCCAAUAAUACAACAUUCUAAUUUUAUGAUAUUCGAAAUUUAUCCGUGUCACGUGCUCGCAUAAUUUCGGCUUAAAAGUUGGCGUCAAUAGCCGCGAUUAUCGUGAUAUACGCCUACUAGGAAGACUUCGGGACGGAGCCACCAUUUGAGAUAAUAUUUACUCUACUGUAAAGAUAAUCUCACUGAGUUCGCCAGGCAUCAUGGCUACCAAAUUGAGACAGUUGCCCUUGCGAGCGGCCCUUCGCACAGCAACACGCUGCGCACCGCGUCAACAGCGCUAUUUUGCGUCAACCCCGAAAUGCUCCACAGAUGGUGUGUAUGGGGAAUUGACGGCAAUGAGGACGCGGACUCCCUUCAUCGAGGCAUUCCGGAAACAGCAGGAGGGUAAACAAUCAGCACCAAUAAGUUCGCCUGUGGGAGACAAGGCGCCGAUUGACACCACCCCAAAACGGAUGUCGGAGAGUUUCCAUAAAGUGACCUUACCUCUUGCGCGUGACCCGUGGCUCCUUGAUUCGUACAUCAAUGCCACGGGCCACAUCAGGCUUGGGACGAUCUUUAUGGAUCUCGAUGCGCUUGCUGGCGUGGUGGCAUACAAGCACACCGGAGACUCGGUCAUGACGGUAACGGCGGCUGUGGACCGUAUCACGCUGAAGCACCCUCUAACGUCUAUCUGCGAUCUCGAAUUGAGCGGACAGGUGACCUUUGCCACGGGAAGGAGUAGCAUGGAGAUCUCCCUUCAAGUUGCGAAAGCGCCUGAAGAAGGGAAGGAGGCAAAAGAGGAGGAUAUCCUCUUGACCUGCGCGUUUACUAUGGUAUCUCUGGACCCGGCAACCAAGAAGCCUGUCAACAUCAGCCCCUUAAAACUUGUGACCGAUGAAGAGCACAGGCUCUACAAAGAAGGCGAAGAGAACUAUAACGCCAAAAAGGAGCUCUCCAAAAUUGCCCUCCGUAAACAAACCCCCAACGACGAAGAAUCAGACCUCAUUCAUGCUCUCUGGCUCAAGCAAUCCGAAUACUCAGAUGCGACCAGCGCGAUGCAAAAACCCGCCAACGCUCACUACAUGUCCUCAUCCCUAAUCCAAUCCGUGCAGAUCAUGCAACCCCAGUACCGCAACAGGCACAACUUCAUGAUCUUUGGUGGUUUCCUCCUGAAAUCCACAUUCGAACUAGCCUUCACCUGCACCUCAGCCAUCUCACACGCGCGCCCACGCUUCCUCGCCCUUGACCCGUCGACAUUUGCCAAUCCUGUCCCAGUAGGAUCAGUAUUGUACAUGUCCGCUGUUGUGGCGUACACAGAGCCAGGGGUCGGGGACAGCACGCGGGUGCAGAUUCGGGUUGACACGCAUGUGCGAAGUGUGGAGCACGGAGAGGUGCGGCCGACAGGGCAGUUUAAUUAUACGUUCGAGGUGCCUGGGGAGCUGAGUAUCGUGCCACAGACGUAUGGAGAGUUUGUUAUUUAUUUGGAUGCGAGGAGGAGGGCUAUGCGGGUUGCAGGGAGGGCCGAGAGUGGUGCCGAGGGUGCGGGCCAGGAUGGGAUUCUGGGUUAGACGAGUUGUAUUUGAUAGAAAUGUUGAGAUAAUAGAUGGCUGGGAUCUGGUGGUGAUUCUAUAUUUACCUACAUAUUGUUUCUCGAUGCGUGGCGGGUUAAACCGCUAUUCCAGAUGAACUAUAUUAGUUGUAGCUUCUGGUGUCAAAGACUUUCAUUUUACC